GUUCAACAAAUUAAAACGGAUUUCCCCGGGCUUAUCCUUUACCGAGGCCAUGGAAACUCCAUAAAACAGACUGGUACUUAUAAUACUCAAGAAAACCAGAAAAAAAUGCUUCGUUCUGCUCCAAUGGCGGAGAUGACUACUAUUCAAUUCAGUCGUAUUACGCGCUAUUUUCCUUUUACAUCUUCCAUUUCAAAUCACUUCCGAUCGCCUUUACUCUUGAAACCUCGCCAUCUCACCUUUCGUUCCAAUCGUCCUCGUCAGCGCCAUCUUUUGUCCUUCACUUCCACAAGGAAAUUCACUGUUUCAGCUUCUAGUCAUGGCGUUGAUGGAGUAUAUGAUGUGAUUGUGGUUGGAGGUGGACAUGCUGGAUGUGAAGCUGCUCUUGCUUCUGCUCGUUUAGGGGCAAGAACUCUUCUUCUCACGCUAAACAUUGAUAGAAUUGCAUGGCAGCCUUGCAACCCGGCAGUUGGUGGGCCAGCAAAAUCACAGCUUGUACAUGAAGUGGAUGCACUUGGUGGUGAGAUGGGAAAAAUUACUGAUAGGUGUUAUCUGCAAAAGCGUGUGCUUAAUACAUCCAGAGGUCCAGCUGUCAGAGCAUUGCGUGCACAAACCGAUAAGAGGGAAUAUUCUAUGCUGAUGAAGAGUGUGGUGGAAAACACAGAUAACCUUUCAAUUAGAGAGGCUAUGGUGACAGAUAUCAUAGUUGGGAAUAAUGAUAAUAUCGAAGGGGUUAGGACAUUCUUUGGAAUGAAUUUCUAUGCACCUUCCGUUGUUCUUACAACUGGGACCUUCAUGAGUGGCAAAAUAUGGGUUGGCAGAACCUCUAUGGAUGCAGGAAGAGCUGGGGAGUCAGCCUCACAUGGACUCACCGAAAACCUUCAACUUGUAGGGUUUGAAACUGAUAGGUUGAAAACAGGGACUCCUGCACGUGUUGACAUUCGAACUGUAGACUUCUCCAAAUUGGAACCUCAGCGUGGAGAUGAAAAGGUCAGCUGGUUUACCUUUGACCCUGAGUUUCAUAUUGAAAGGGAGCAGAUGUGCUGCUAUCUGACACGUACGACAAAGAUCACUCAUGAGCUGAUCAAGGAAAACUUGCAUGAAACUCCAACAUAUGGUGGCUGGGUUGAAGCUAAAGGUCCUAGAUAUUGCCCUUCAAUUGAGGAUAAGAUUGUUAGAUUUCAAGACAAAGAGUCCCAUCAGAUUUUUCUUGAACCGGAGGGCCGGACUGUACCUGAACUUUAUGUACAGGGAUUCUCAACUGGUUUACCUGAGAGACUGCAGCUACCACUACUGCGAACAUUACCUGGACUUGAAAACUGUUCAAUGCUGAGACCAGCUUAUGCAGUGGAAUAUGAUUAUUUGCCAGCUCACCAGUGCUCUAGAUCUCUUAUGACCAAGAAAAUUCAAGGUCUUUUUUUCUCUGGUCAGAUAAAUGGAACAACUGGCUACGAGGAAGCUGCUGCACAGGGCAUUAUUUCGGGGAUAAAUGCUGCGAGGCAUGCAGAUGGCAAGUCCGUCAUUGUUCUUGAGAGAGAAAGCAGCUAUAUUGGCACUUUGAUUGAUGACUUGGUAACCAAAGACCUUCGAGAACCAUAUCGAAUGUUAACAAGCCGCUCAGAACACCGAUUGCUUCUUCGUGCUGAUAAUGCUGAUAGUCGUCUUACAUCGCUGGGCUAUGAAAUCGGUUUAAUUAAUGAUCGACGUUGGAAACUAUACCAAGCUAAGCAAUCAAGAAUCUCUGAAGAGAAAAAUCGGUUGAAAUCGAUCAGGAUAUCAGGUGGUGAUCUGGCUGCUGAUGUUUCCAUAUAUUCUGGUCAACCAGUGAAGGAUUCGUCAACAUUAGAGAGUCUUCUUAAAAAGCCACACAUAGAGUAUAAACUUCUAGACAAGCAUGGUUUUGGAAAUGAGUGUCUAUCCAAAAUUGAAAAAGAAUGUGUAGAAAUUGAUAUAAAGUAUGAGGGGUUCAUUAUCCGACAGCAACAACAGCUGCAACAGAUGGUUCACAAACAACACAAACCUCUCCCAGAAAAUCUAGAUUAUUACUCAAUGACCACUUUGUCUCGGGAAGCACGUGAGAAACUCUCCAAGGUAAGGCCGCAGACCAUUGGCCAAGCUAGCAGAGUUGGUGGGGUAAGUUCUGCUGACAUUACUGCUCUCAUGAUCAUCCUGGAAACUAACCGAAGACAAGCGCAAGAGCAGAGUAGACGUCAAUUAAUGUCUUCUGUCUUGGUGGAGCCUGAAAAGGAAGUGUCUGAUUCGGUGGCAGAGACGAUCAAAUCUUAGUAUAUGAACCAAUGUGUCGCAAAUGUAAGUAAUACUUAAAUUGAUGAAUUCAAAAGUCCAUGACACCUGCUUCGGUUAAUAUGAUAAAUUGACCUGAUUCGCCUUUCUGGACUCUUGGAGAUGCUCUUCCUCAUGCUAUAAAUUUUUGGGCUAUGCCUAAAUAUUGAAACAACAGGCUCUGAACCGAGAAAAUUCGUCAUUGGCAAGCAACAAGAAAAUUCUAAGGCACAAAGAAAGGUGAUGUAUCUAAGUAAUUAUUCGUGACUGCUGAAUUAGUUAUCUACUUGCCAUUUUUUUGCAAAUCGAUUUAGUUGUUAUAUUAGCAUGAUUUGCCAUUUUUGUGAAUCAACUUACUCGUGAUAUUAUCAUGACAUGUUUUAUUGCUUCAUGCUUGAGGGCUAUAGAAAUAUUUGUUCUGUUGUGCA